AGUGCAGUGGGGUUUGCUCGCGCGGCGGUAGCUGAAGCCGAGGCCUCUUGCUUCUGCGGCACGUGACGGUCGGGACGCCUCUGGCGCUGUCUCCACUGCAGCGCGGGGCAGGUGUGCGGGCGGGAGAAGGCGCGGGAGCCGCCGGCGGUUCCCGAGAGGCUUGAGAUCAUGGAAGGGAAAUGGUUGCUGUGUAUGUUACUAGUCCUGGGAACGACUAUCAUUCAGGCUCAUGAUGGACAUGAAGAUGAUGUGAUUGAUAUUGAGGAUGCCCUUGAUGAUGUCAUUGAAGAGGUAGAAGACUCAAAGUCAAAACCAGAUAUCAGCACUCCUCCAUCUCCCAAGGUUACCUAUAAAGCUCCAGUUCCAACAGGGGAAGUGUAUUUUGUUGAUUCCUUUGAUAGAGGAACUCUAUCAGGGUGGAUUUUAUCCAAAGCCAAGAAGGAUGAUACUGAUGAUGAAAUUGCUAAAUAUGAUGGAAAAUGGGAGGUAGAUGAAAUGAAGGAAACAAAACUUCCAGGAGAUAAAGGACUUGUGUUGAUGUCUCGGGCCAAGCAUCAUGCCAUCUCUGCUAAAUUGAACAAACCCUUUCUGUUUGAUACCAAGCCUCUCAUUGUUCAGUAUGAGGUUAAUUUCCAAAAUGGAAUAGAAUGUGGUGGUGCCUAUGUGAAACUGCUUUCUAAAACCUCAGAGCUCAACCUGGAUCAGUUCCAUGACAAGACUCCUUAUACAAUUAUGUUUGGCCCAGAUAAAUGUGGAGAGGACUAUAAAUUGCACUUCAUCUUCCGACACCAAAAUCCCAAAACAGGUGUAUAUGAAGAAAAACAUGCAAAGAGGCCAGAUGCAGAUCUGAAGACCUAUUUUACAGAUAAGAAAACACAUCUAUAUACAUUAAUCUUAAAUCCAGAUAAUAGUUUUGAAAUAUUAGUGGACCAAUCUGUUGUGAACAGUGGAAAUUUGCUGAAUGACAUGACUCCUCCAGUAAAUCCUUCACGUGAAAUUGAGGACCCUGAAGACCAGAAGCCAGAGGAUUGGGAUGAGAGACCAAAAAUACCAGAUCCAGAUGCUGUGAAACCAGAUGACUGGGAUGAAGAUGCCCCUGCUAAGAUUCCAGAUGAAGAGGCCACAAAGCCUGAAGGCUGGUUAGACGAUGAGCCUGAAUAUGUACCUGAUCCAGAUGCAGAGAAACCUGAAGAUUGGGAUGAAGAUAUGGAUGGCGAAUGGGAGGCUCCUCAGAUUGCCAACCCUAAAUGUGAUUCGGUCCCAGGGUGUGGUGUGUGGCAGCGACCUAUGAUUGACAAUCCCAGUUACAAGGGCAAAUGGAAGCCACCCAUGAUUGACAAUCCCAAUUACCAGGGAAUCUGGAAACCACGGAAAAUACCAAAUCCAGAUUUCUUUGAAGAUUUGGAACCUUUCAAAAUGACCCCUUUUAGUGCUAUUGGUUUGGAACUGUGGUCCAUGACUUCAGACAUUUUUUUCGACAACUUCAUCAUUUGUGGCGAUAGAAGAGUAGUUGAUGAUUGGGCCAAUGAUGGUUGGGGUCUGAAGAAAGCUGCUGAUGGAGCUGCUGAGCCUGGGGUAGUGGGGCAGAUGAUCGAGGCAGCUGAGGAGCGCCCCUGGCUCUGGGUGGUCUACAUUUUGACUGUAGCUCUGCCUGUGUUUCUCGUUAUCCUGUUUUGCUGUUCUGGAAAGAAACAGUCCAGUUCUGUGGAGUACAAAAAGACUGAUGCUCCUCAGCCAGAUGUGAAGGAAGAAGGAGAGAAGGAAGAGGAAAAGGACAAGGGAGAUGAGGAGGAGGAUGGUGAAGAGAAACUCGAAGAGAAGCAAAAAAGUGAUGCUGAAGAAGAUGGUGGCACUGUCAGCCAAGAGGAGGAAGAUAGAAAACCUAAAGCAGAGGAGGAUGAAAUUUUGAACAGAUCACCAAGAAACAGAAAGCCACGAAGAGAGUGAAACAAUCUUAAGAACUUGAUCUGUGAUUUCCUCUCCCUCCCCUUUCCCUUCAAGUAUGGUCCUAGGAGAGGACCUGGCACACCUUAGGUUGAAACUCAGAAAACCUCCAAUCGUCACCAUCAACAGGUUCCAGUUGAACACUAGCCCGUGUAAUUUUAAACAUCUAGCAGUAAAUAAUUGCACUUGUGACAUUAAGGACCCUGUUUCUGUAGAAAGAACGCAUUUAACAUAAUGGUUGUGAAAUGUAACAUGAAGCAACUAACUCGUAUUUUUUUGUUUCUAAACAUCUUUGUUUUUUAAAAAUAGCUAGAACUAUGCCAACCUUUAAAAUCUUGGCUUAAUUUAAUAUAUUAGUCUGUCCAUGCAGAAAUAACAUCAGCCGUUAGAAAAGCUAGGGGGGUAAAUUGCAGUUUUUAUAACCAAUUCUGUUUUUUAAGUUUGGUAUUACAGAACUUUCAAGUGUCUCUAUCCCUUAAAAUUGAUAAUCAUGUUUAAAGUGCAGUCAUUUGUGGUUAUAAUCUUGUUUUGCUUGCUUCCAUUACUUAAGUCCUCCUAAGGAAACAGAGGAGAGAGAUUGGCUGGAAACCCAAAUUCAUAUAAAGGUUCUGUGUAAAUUAUAUGAAAAAUAGACAUAAAAACAGAAAAAACUUUAAACUUGUUCUUGAUUAGACCAUGAAGUGUGUGUGUUCCAUUUUGUCCUCAAACAGCUCAGUUCCCAGAUGCUGUGCAGUUAGUGGAGGAGGCAGCAUCAGGUGUCAAGGGGCAUUCCUAUUUCACACACAAGGAGGGUAUAAGCUCCUACCUUCUUGAGCAGGUAGCUUUUCAAGAAAUGCUAGCAGGGCAUGUUAGUGCUAGAGUAGAUGCUGAUGUUUUCAUCACUUUUCUUUCAGUGCGUUGACACUUUUUCUUACUACUUCCCUCAGCUCCCAGAGCUUUAUCAAACUUUGCUAUGCAUUUUCUUCACAGUGCAGCUUGCAGUUGGAUGCUGAAAAUAACUAUAAGCUCUGCAUAGUGUUUAGCUUUAUUGUGACUAUGUGUAUGUUUCUUCCUUUAAAAGCAGACCCACACAUUUCCAGGGGUCAAAGUACAGGACAGACUACCUUUCAUUUGGAUCCAUUUUUUACCCUCUGUGUAAAGACUAAAUAAGUCCAGUCCAGAGGCCAGCCAAUUCAGAAUUGACUAUAAUUGAACACAGGCUAAAAUGGGAAAAGUGACGAUUAGCAUGAGUUAACUGAUUUUUGUAGCUGCUAAACCUUUUGUCUUCAUUUGCAGUUCAUGUAACAUUUGUGUCUUAAAUUACAUGAUAAAGCAGUCCUGUUAAAAAAAAAUUUUUUUAGUUAGUGUGUGGCUUGUAAAAAUUUUUUAAAAAGUGAUCUUAGGUUUUUGUUUUUUCAUGUGGGAUGCAGAUGGGUGCUAUCAGAGCCUCUCCCCCAUCAUUGUAGUGUAAUAUCACUAUUACACACACUGAAAUGUAUUCAGAAUUAGAUGUUUUAGCUUUAUUCUUUCUUCAGAGGUGUUUCAAAUGUACCGAUGACACUGUUCUUGCACUGAAUAUAUAAACACUCCAGAGUGUUUAUAUUGGGGAGAUAAUAGGGAGGAAGUAUAUUCAUAAAAGAUGAAGGCUGUAUCUGUUUAUCUUCAGUUUUUUACUGGUUCCCUUAAAUUUUAUGAGGGUGGGAUGCAUUUUCUUGCUCGUCAGUGCUUUGUCCUUUUCAUCUCUUGUCUGUGGUCACAAUGACCUUAGCUGUGUAGCAGAUUUUUCCCAGAUGUAUUGAGUGCAAAUAAACAGUUAACUUAGCAAGACCUGAAAAUAUGUCUGCAGGUUUCUCCUUGGAGCAAGUGUGUGCAUCAUUGCAUUUCCAGAAAUCUGCAUUCAUUCUCCUCUGAUGUUUUUCAUGCCGCACAGUUUCAUUCCAGCUGAGCUGUGGAAGGAGUGUUUUGAAUCAAUUGCUUGCUUGCUUGUUUUUCCAGAGUUAUUUGGUAAGGUUUGUCCCCAAAAAAGAAAAACAAUCUCUUUUUUUUUGGUGUUCUUUUUCACUGUUUUUGUUUAAAGGUGUACAGCCUCCUGAUUGUCUGACACUUAAUGACCAGCAGCAGUGUUCAGCUCUCAAAAAGGCACUUAUGUUAUGAUCUUACUUUCUGGUUAUCCUGUCCCAUUGUUGUAAAAUGUCCCCUCCUCAAUCAGUUGUGUUGCUCAGUUUCUUACCCACAAAAUCUCCCCAUUUUUCUCAAAUUGUCACAUUACUAAAUGGUAUUACAUUAAAGCCCUGUGUUAAGUGUC